UAUCAAGUCAAGUAAAAUUGAACGAAAUUUGGAUGAAUUUGAAAGUUAUACAAUAUUAAAAUCCUUCUUAAGGAUAUUGUAGAUCUGAAAACUGGAGAUUUGGUCUCGACAAAUGACCUUAGAACCAAGAUAAGACAAUUAUUGAUUUAAGAAAAACUUUAUUGGCCAUGCGAAGAGCUGCAGUUCUUACAACAAGUGAAUAUGAAAAGAAAAACAGAGAACUUGAGGAAGCUUUACGUUUCGGUGAAAGAUCAUCAAGUCCAUCAACUCCGGAAAAGAGAGAAUUACAGAUGGAUGAUAUUGAAAAUAGUACUUCCAAUGGCAUUUCCUUAUUUGAUCAUAAAUUAGAUCAAGCUUAUGCAGAAGUCGAAGCUGCAGUAUCAGCAGGAACUCUUGGAACUCCUGGUCAAAUAGGAUCAUUAUCAAGAC